AUUGAAGAUUGCUGCGAUGAUUUCAGAGGGACAUGAUAUUGGAAAACCAGCUCCUGUUGUAUACGUUUCUGGCGAGGAGGACAUUUUAGAAAAGACUGAGGCUCUCUUAGCUCGAGCUCUCAUUAUCGAUUCAAUCCAAACAAUGUAUCUGCGUGGAGUGAUGGGAAAUGCUAGAGGCCUCUCACAGGUGAACUCUCUGCAAUUUUCCUCCUCUCAUUAAGCAUCAGAUCAGAAGGCUUAGAUUAUUGUCAGUAUUUGUUUAUUAUCUUCCCUUCUAAAGAUGUAGCAUUUUAUGCUGAAGGCAACUUGAUCAAUGUGCUAAUCGGUGCGUGUGAUUCAUGCAUGUGCAACAGAUCAGGGAUUGCAUAACAGCCUUGCAUCGUUUUGCAGUGAAAACAAAAAUCCCCGUCAUACUGGGAUGACAUUUAAUAUUGGACACUGUUCUCAUUCUUCUUUUGGUUGAUUCUAAUUUUGUGGAACUCUAUGUUGCCUUGCGCAGUUUAUCGGUAACAAAGUUUUCUUUUCAAUUUUCCUAUAUCACAUGUAUAUAGACUCUGCACAUGACAAAAACGGGAGCAAUAGCUGGACCGAAAACUUUGGAGCAUAUGGUUGAUGUCAUUUUGCAUCUGGAAGUUUGUACCACCUCCAAUGCUGCUUCAUUUCUUUAUUUUCGUUUUGUUGUUGAAGCUUGGAGCAUACCAUUUAUGUCAUUUUUUUUUUUAAAUGGAAGUCUUCCUCCUCAUUCCGUUCAAAGGUGGAGAAGAGCUCAUCUCACCGUUUGCUUCAACCCGUGAAGAAUCGAUUUGGCUCCACUGAUGAGAAUUGGAGUUUUUGAAAUGUCACAACUGGGACGUCAGCCCGUUACAAACACAAGCGAGAUAUUUCAAAGCAAGACGCAGUUGGAGGUUCUAGUGAAACAAGCUGAUCUGGAUCUUAGAAACAAAGCUAUAUUCAUAAAUGUCACAAGUGGGGUGACCUUAUCAGAUACCGCUGGCGAUGUUGCAGUAGCAGCAGCUAUUUGCAGCAGUGCCUUGGAGUGUCCGAUACCUUCUGGAGUUGCAUUCAUAGGGGAAGUUGGCCUAGCCAGUGAGCUUUGAUAGGUAUCUAGCAUGGAGAAGAGGGUCAAGACACUAGCGAGGCUUGGGUAGGAAUGUGCAUCGUACCAGAGUCAGCUGAAAACGGUCUGCGAGGUUUGGAUCUCGGGGGUCUGAAUAUAAUUGGGUGCCAGAAGUUGAAAGAAGUUAUCAAGACGGUGUUUCCGAACGUGCCUAUGAAGACGUCUGAUGUCUGCAAAUUAAAACGAACUUACAUAUAUUCAUUUCUGCGUUUUGACGCAUUAAAGAUACUAACCGAGGAUCUGAAGCCGGCAGAUCCCAAAAAGACAUGGUUAUCUGCAAAUAGAAUAUCCGCCUAAUUAUAGUACAAAUAUGGAAAUGAACGAGGUUACGUAUACCAUUCAAGCUUUUGCUUUUUUUUGCUGAAGCCUGAAUCUUGAAGCUCUGCGAUUGCUGAAUGUUUUGAUCAAGUUAAUCAUAUUUUUUGUUUCCGUCAGACACUGAUUCUGC